AUGGUUCUCUUUGAUUUCAAGUCCGACAAGCACUACGUUGCUUCCUCGGACAAGACAACCCUCAAAGUCUACGAGUUGACCAACCCUACUACUGUUAAUCCUUCCUCCAUCGGAAAGGAUCACUGGAAGGAAGUCGCCAACAUCACAUCCCGUGAUCAAGAUCAAAGCAAUGACGAGGAACAAGAUGAUGGUGACGAUGCAUCAGCAGAGGAGGACGAGGAGGAAUCUUACGACGGGCUGAUGUUCUUCGAUGGUCACGGGAAGAUCGAGGGACGGGAGGCGUUGACCAAGCUAGCCCAACACCUCACCCGGCUCCAAUUGAGGGUGAGCCCUCAAGGGCUCUGCUUCCAGGAUGUUACCGGGCUGGGCGAGCACAAAGAGUUUGGGUUUCACUACCUCCGACUGAACGAUCUUUUCAACUGGCCGUAUCACGGUAUCAAAAUAGCGGGCAUCACCACGUGGCGACGCCUGGUGUUGCAGUACUCCGUACCGAAAGGGGAUCAGAAGAAGCGGCCGAUGUCUGGAGGAGCUGCUGUGAGCAAGAAGAAGUACGAGGAGUUGAAAAGAAUGAUCGAAGAAAGGGAUGAAAAGAUCGGAAAGAUGAGGGAGGAGAUGGAAGAACAAGAUUGGGAGAUGGAAAAGCUAAAAGAAGAGAGGGGGAAACACGGGGUAGAGCUGCGCGAGUUGGAGAAGAAAAAUGGCAAGGAGCUGCGAAAGCUGUCGAAGCAAAAAGAUGGUGAGUUAGAAACGUUGAAGAGGGAGAAGGACGGGGAGUUGGAGGAGAAAGACGAGGAGUUAGAGGCGUUGAGAAAAGAAAAGGACGACGCAACAAAGUUGAGCAAAGAGAAGGACGAGAAGUUGAAAAAUUUGAAGGAAGAAGUGAAGAAUAUGAAAAGAGCUAAGAAGGAAGACGAAGCAGCGACAGUAGGCGAGAAAGGAAAGAUAACGGUGGACAGUGAUGAAUGGCACAAGUUGAAGAAGGACGCGGCGGAGACGAGACAAGAGGCAACGAAGAAGGACGAAGAGAUGAAAAGAAGGCUAGAAAAAGUGGGGGAUGACAACGAAGCAUUGCAGAAGCUCGUGAAUGAGAAGACCGCCGAGUCUCAGAAGCUAAGGAGCGAGAAGGAAGAAAUGAUGAAAGAGAAUGCAGCUGAAAUGCGAAAGCUGAAAGACCAACUGUUACAAGUUCCUCGCGAGCCGGAGCAACGUCGGCCCAAGCAAUCAUGGGCGAAGACAACUGCAACUAAAUUAGUGCUCCUUUCUUACUGCGGUGACGACAUAAUAAGGAGAAGACGACCGGUGCCACGUGAUACUUUUUGCAUCGAUGAAGGCAAAUCGAAUAACUUCAACUACAAGCCAUAUCAGAAGGGGAGCGUGCCGUUCUCGUUUACCAGUUCGAUCAGUAUAGUGGAUGAAGAUCCCAAAGAUUGGCCGCAUCCUCCCAAGACGAAUGUGUACAGUAGUUCUUCUGGUUCAUUCGACCAAGACAACUGGUGGCUUAUGAAGACGACUCACCUGAGUGAUGGCAGCUUGACGAUGAUGGCUUAUUAUGACGGCGAUUUUCGAUGUUCUGUUUUCCCGGAGAAUACUUACCCUAUCCGACUUCCCUAUUCGUGGGACAAUCAUUUAAUGGCAGGUACAAGUUUCUUCCUGGUUCACGUGGGCCGCGAAUACAAGCUUGCUUUCAUGUACCGCGACUAG